AUGUCGUCCAUAUACGCCGUUCCACCUGAAGUCCUAGAAGGUCUUGUUGAGAGAAACAAGACCGCCAUUACCCGCCUCCGCGAGCACCAGCCCGAACAAGUCGAUUACUCGUCAUAUCCAAGUACGAAGUGGGCAGGAGUACUGGUACUAUUGUAUGAGAAGGCAGGAGAGCUGCGCGUGCUCCUCACCACCCGAGACAAGAGGCUCCGCGCGCACCCGGGACAAGUCGCUCUCCCAGGGGGGAAGCGGGACCCCACAGAUGCGGACUUCGUCGAGACAGCAUUCCGCGAGGCGCACGAAGAGGUCGGCCUCCCCCGACACUUCCCCCAUGCCCACACCAUCUGCACCCUCCGCCAAUUCGUCGCCUCCACCAAGCUCCUCGUCACGCCUGUAAUCGCCCUCCUCUCCGACCUCUCUGUCUUGGAAACCCUCAAGCCUUCCCCUGGAGAGGUAGACCGAAUCUUCGACCACCCUCUCGAAGCCAUGCUCGACCCCACACUUGCGGCGAAGGAGAAGCUCGCUCCGAUCGGCAGUGACGAUUGGAUAUACCCGGAGGAACUCCACAACUUCUCAGACAUCGACCUACCCUGGCUGGCUAACAGCACGUAUCGUAUGCACAGGUUCCGUUCGACGGCAUUCGCGAUCAAAGGAUUGACUGCAGAUGUCUUGAUUGCUACCGCUGAAAUAGCAUACAAUAAGCAAACCACCUUCGAGCGGUGGGCGCCGAAGCAGAUAUCGACAUUUGCCCCGAUCCUCCAUGUGUUCUUGGAGGAGCUCGCCGCGCAGGGCCAUACCGGCGGCGCAUCUACCACAACCCCGAACGCGAAAACAAUUAUGGGCGUUAAUUCCGAACAAGCGACUGCAGAAGUAGAACCAUGA